AUGGAGAGCAAGGUGAACCGGCAGGAUCUUUGCGAUGCACAGGGCGAAUUUACUCAGAAAUGGAACAAGCUGUCUCUACCAAAAACAGUUGGAAUCUCUGCUUGUUGUCUAAACUUGAACAGUGUGUGGAUCCUGGUUCCAGUGUGGUGAAAUCUGCUGUCCUUCCUGAGGGGCGCCUGCUCAUGCACACCAAGAAAGCCACUGGAUCACAGCCUCACCUCCCAACAGGAGGCAGAUAUGAUACAUCUACACACAGAUAGCCACAUCACUGCACACUUGUUUAACUUUUAACCACAUAGCAGAAGCCAGCAGGCCACAGAUGGAUCCCUGGCUUUCAUUCCCUCCAGCUUAUCUCAUGAUGAGCUUCAAGGAGAUGCUUGGUUAAAUGCCAUCCCACUCCUAAACACAAACAACAGGGUGUCCUUGGUGAUCUGUGUCAGGUUGACAUUUCUCCCUCACAGGCAAUGGAGUGGGUGUGUUCAUGAACACCGCUGUCUCACUGGGACUCUCACCACUGUAGCUCUGAUUCUCACAGCAUCUUCAGCUGCAGAGUUUAUCCGGAGCGGUUCUUGUGAAGUCUUCUCUUACACACACCGCCUUUUAAACAUCUACUUCAUUGGCUUAGGAAUCCAGGGCAUGGGUGGAAUAGUCUGGAAUCAAACAGAAGAGAGCAUAAGAGGCAGUCAUCCUCACAGGUGUGCAGAGUCUUUUGAGAAGUGGAGUGAUCAUGACUCCCACUGCAAGCAUCCCCAAUUUGAAGGGGUCCCUGCUAAAGUUGCUGUGCUCCCGUCCAAAGUCUCGGAAUGGCAGAUGAACAAGCAUGGCUUCAGCGUGGAAGGGGAACAAUAUAAUUUUGUAACUUGCCCAUCGGUCUCUUCCCUGGAGCAGCAUCUCCUUACUCUGACUUCUGCACCAGAAGAUUCCUUUUCCAUUCAUAUUCCAGCUGUGGGAGAUGGGACAGAAACGCUCCUAAGGGUUUUUGAACAAUGGCCUUCACCAUUUCCCAGGGGAGGCCUUGAGAGCAACAGAGACCAGAGGCAGAGGCAGGAGAGAAAAAACUAUUUCUACUGGAUCUGAUAGGAGAUAAUUGCCUUUGCCUGGUUCAAUAGCCUGUUGGCUUCCCUGCACCAAGAGAUGGAGGGAUUAGGCAAAGUGGGUCAUCUUAACUACCAUCUCUUCCCCAUUGGGUGGGACAACAUUGUGGCAUUAAACUUUGACAGGGCCACUGGCAACCUGCUAGGUCUGAGGCAGAAACCCUCCUUUGGGAGACUUACGUGGGUCAAUGAAUUUUCUACAACACUGUAUGCCCAGCCGGUGCCUACUCCCUGCUUGCCAGCCUCCCUGUCUGUGGGCCUGUGUGUCUGGUUUCCCGAGAGAGCGUUAAAGACUGUGAAAUCCACGGAGGGCUCCCCGACUCUCCUUUAUCCAUCUGCCAGAAUCGAUAGUGAACCUGCCUUAUGCUUGCGGGCACAAGAAAUAGCUGCUGCUCACCCCAGAACUGCUGUUCUACUGCAGGUGUGUGCUGGGAGCCUUAGACGGGCCUCAACUUUGGCAAAGAAUCUGCACAAGCACGGUCACCAUUAUUCCAGCCUGGAUCAUAGGAAAGUUCAAUUUUACUGCAACAAAUAA